CAGUGUUAUCAGUCUAAUGGAGUUGUGGAGCCAAAUAGAACCUGAAGCUUCCAGUGCAAACCUCAGCAGUCGCUUGCCCUCUUCUCCAGGCAGCAGGAGGAGGCCAGAGAGACCGGGAGGGGAGAAACCUGAAUCCGACUCGACUGCAACUGGCAGGGGCUGUAGGCAAGUGGCUCACGUGUAAAAAUCGGCAUGCUGGCCUGUUCUCACCUCACAUUUUUCCUCCAGAUUUGUAUAAAUCUGGAACAUUUUUGACACAGUGACUUUUGACAAACUGACCUUUGGCGUUGCUAGUUGGUGAGCCUACUUGUCACCUGUUACCCACCCAGCUUUCUCAGACUGCCGUCUUCAGUAGGAGCCGAGGACAAAAAAUGGCGGUCAGUUGGCUCUUGCACCAGUUCACCAGGAUCUUAAACAGGCCUGGGUGCCAGGCUGGGCUUGUCCUGUAAAAUUCUGGAAGGCGUUGAGCUGGACUAGACCAAGGUCUGGCUCCAGGGGCUGGGCUCCUGAACGCUGAGGCAGCAGCAGAGGCUGAGAUCCGGGCCUCAGUGUCUCCAGGAGGUAGACUACACCUGCAUAUGCUCCUUUUUCUCACCCCCUGAGACUGGAGUUUGACCAAAAAAAGAAAAAUAGGAUUUCUAUAAAACUUGUUCUUUAUUUUUUCUUUGCAUUUUCGGCCAUCCAGGGAGUUCCAUAGUAACGUGCUCAUCCCUGAGUCUACCAGAAGGGGGAGCUCCAGAGUUCAGCCACAGAGCUCCGAUGCCUCCAUUGGUUGCUGCCAGACGAGCCUCUCGUAACCUUGGUAACAGCAGCCGCCUACAAACUGCCAGGUUACGAUUGGUCCGUGGCGCCGAGGACCGAGCGCGAGCUCCUCAGACCAUUGGCCCGAGUCGCUGCGAAGCUGGCGCCGUGAUUGGUGAGCGUAGAGGUCGGUCAGAUCGGAGGCAGGGUCAAAUAGGGAGAAAUGGCGGCGGAGCCAGGCUGGGGGUGAGUGAUUCUGGAGGGUGGAAGUGUGAGGCGACUGAACACAGUUGGCUAUCACGCAGCUCCCAGAGCGUGGGAGAGCGGGCUCCGGCCCCGCCGGACUCGGAACGGGAGCGUCAGAUUCCCGGGUCUCCCGCCGGGUCAGAGGCCCGUCUUGGGGAGACAGCCUGGAAGCCACAGUCCAGCCGGGAGCCUCCACUGACUCGGAGCCCGACAGACGCCCGGCCUCCCGGACAGCAGCCGUCCGGAGAGAGUGUGCUGCGCCCGGCGGCCGGUUUCUGCCAUCGUUCCCCAUGGCCUUCACGGUGCUGAAUGGACUCUUGCUUAAGGACCUGAGCCAGCCGGUGCUGCUGCAGCAGGUGGGCAAGACUCCUCAGCUGGACAGCUUCAGCUACCAGAGCCGCUUCAUGCACGACGUCUUUGCCCAUUUCCCGGAGGUCUUGUUCAUCCACCGGACCUACAACCCCCGGGGCAAGGUGCUCUAUACCUUCCUCGUGGACGGGCCCCGGGUGCAGCUGGAGGGCCGCCUGGCCCGGGCCGUCUACUUUGCUAUCCCCACCCGGGAGGAUGCCGAAGGCCUGGCCCAGGUGUUCCAGGUGUUCAAGACGUUUAACCCAGCGUGGGAGAGGGUCUGUACCAUCCUGGUGGACCCCCACUUCCUCCCGCUGCCCACCCUAGCCAUGGAGUUCCCCACAGCCGAGAUCCUGCUCUCGGCCUUCCACGUUUGCAAGUUCCUGCAGGGCAAGUUCUACCAGCUGUGCCUGGAGCGGCCCGUGGAGACGCUGCUCCUGACUUCCCUGCAGAGCACCAUGUGCGCAGCCACAGCCGGCAACCUGAGGAAGCUCUACGCCCUCCUGAGCACCUGCGUGCCGCCCGCCCGGCUGCCCGAGCUCCACCCUCACUGGCUGCUCAACGAUCGCAUCUGGCUGGCCCACCGCUGGCGGAGCCGGGCCGAGAGCAGCCGCUACUUCCAGGGCCUCGAGGUCACCACCCGCGUCCUCAGCCAGUUCUUCGGCACCACCGCAUCCGAGAAACAAGGCAUGGCCUCCUUGUUCCGCUACAUGCAGAACUCCGAAAACAAGGCAGGCCUCCCCCUGGGCCUGGGCCCCCAGGACAGCGGUGCCCUCUCGGACGCUAGCGCGCAGAGCCCCAAAGUGGAGCAGCUGGUCGAAGCCCGCAUCCAGCACUCCCUCAACACCAUCUGCACGGGGCCAGCGGCCCAGCUCUGCCUGGGCGAGCUCGCCGUGGUCCAGAAGUCCAUGCACCUCAUCGGCUCCGGCUCGGAGAAGAUGAACAUUCAGAUCCUGGAGGACACCCACAGGGUGCAGCCCCAGCCGCCGGCCAGCUGCAGCUGCUACUUCAACCAGGCCUUCCACCUGCCCUGCCGCCACAUCCUCGCCGUGCUCAGCGCCCGCCGCCAGGUGCUGCAGCCUGACAUGCUGCCGGCUCAGUGGGCAGCCGGCUGCGCCACCAGCCUCGGCGGCAUCCUGGGCAGCAAGUGGAGCGAGACCCUGGACAAGCGCCUGGCCGUGACCCUCCUCACCGAGGAGGUGGGGCGGCUCCUGCAGCAGUGCAGCAAGGAGGAGUUCGAGCUGCGGUACAGCACCCUGCGGGAACUGGCCGACAGCUGGAUCGGGCCCUACGAGCAGGUGCAGCUCUGACCGCCCUCGGCGCCCAGGGCCGGCCCCGGCACGUGUGCACACUCACAGCGACCCCCCACACGCCGCUGGGCUUUUCACGAGCCCUGCUUCCAGAAUAAGGAGGACAAGGCUCUUAGGUGUCUAUCUCCGUGAGACAGAAUCCACAAGUCUUUUCUGCCCAGGGCCCCACAGUAAAUAUUUGAGACCCUGCUGGCCACAGCCCAAACCAGAGCGCCUCUGUGUUCUUGGUUUGGUUUCCUUAGUUCAAGGAUCUUCACAGAUCCAGGUGAGCCCAGGUCUGAGAUAAGAGAAAAAAAAAACAGGCCAUAAGAUUGAGGGCUGGGCUUGCUGGCAGCUGCUGUGGUCAUGAGACAUCAUCUGCCCCAUGUCCCCUGAGUGAGGUGGCCAGGAGCCCUCCCACAGAGGAAGAGGCCCCUCAGGGCGGGUGGCUCGGCCGGGCUCCCAGCAUUUUUGCCCCUGCCCUACGCUGGGGUCCAUAAAGGUGAAUGUUGCGUAUUGCUCCACUUGUCCAGUGUUUCGUUUUGUAGAAGCCAGGUUAGAGUAAUGCCAGGGGAAAGAAAAAAGCCCGGGGGGUGACCCCACACGUGAAUCAUGGUUCUUUCCCACCCUCAUGUUUGAUGCCACCUUCUGCCUUUACGGACUCUGGGAACUUUGGCCAGGUCCCCUCGCUAGGCCCCAGUUUGUUUAUCUCGGGAAACGGGGUCCCCACGGAGCGGGUAAGAUGAAAGAAUCAGACGCCACUUGACCCGCAGCCCCAGCCAGAGCGCCUGGGCUUUCAGGCCUCAGCUCCCAUUCUGAGCUCAGCUUUCUACUCACAUACACCUUGGGGGGCAGCAGGGAGUGGCCCCAGUACACCCAUAUUGGAGGCCUGGAUUGAGUUCCAGGCUCCUGGCUUCUGCCUGGCCGUUGCUGACUGCUGUGGGCAUCUGGGGAAUGAUGGGAGAGCUCUGUCUCGGUGUGUCUGCCUCACAAGUAAAUAAAAUAUAUAAUGGGUUGAACACCCAGUGGGUGCACAA